CGCGUGCGCAAACGCACAGGCUGCUGGGACGCCGCCUCCUUUCUAGGUCUUCCAGUUUCCCGGCGUGCUUCGGGCCCGCCAAAUGGGAGGGGGAGACGCAAGAUGGCGGCAGCCGCGAACUCCGGCUCCAGCCUCCCGCUGUUCGACUGCCCGACCUGGGCAGGUAAACCCCCACCUGGUUUACAUCUGGAUGUAGUCAAAGGAGACAAACUAAUUGAGAAACUGAUUAUUGAUGAGAAGAAGUAUUACUUAUUUGGGAGAAACCCUGAUUUGUGUGACUUUACCAUUGACCACCAGUCUUGCUCUCGGGUCCACGCUGCCUUGGUCUACCACAAGCAUCUGAAGAGAGUUUUCCUAAUAGAUCUCAACAGUACACACGGCACUUUCUUGGGUCACAUUCGGUUGGAACCUCACAAGCCUCAGCAAAUCCCCAUCGAUUCCACAGUCUCAUUUGGCGCAUCUACAAGGGCGUACACUCUACGUGAGAAGCCUCAGACAUUGCCAUCAGCUGUGAAAGGAGAUGAGAAGAUGGGUGGAGAGGAUGAUGAACUCAAGGGCUUACUGGGGCUGCCAGAGGAGGAAACUGAGCUUGAUAACCUCACAGAAUUCAACACUGCCCAUAACAAGAGGAUUUCCACCCUCACCAUUGAGGAGGGGAAUCUAGAUAUCCAGAGACCAAAGAGGAAGAGGAAGAACUCAAGGGUGACUUUCAGUGAGGAUGAUGAGAUCAUCAACCCAGAGGAUGUAGAUCCCUCAGUUGGUCGCUUCCGGAAUAUGGUGCAGACUGCAGUGGUCCCAGUCAAGAAGAAGCGGGUGGAGGGCCCUGGCUCACUGGGUCUGGAGGAAUCAGGGAGCAGACGCAUGCAGAACUUUGCAUUCAGUGGAGGACUCUACGGGGGCCUGCCUCCCACACACAGUGAAGCUGGCUCUCAGCCACAUGGCAUACAUGGGACGGCACUCAUUGGUGGCUUGCCCAUGCCAUACCCCAAUCUCGCUCCUGAUGUGGACUUGACUCCUGUUGUGCCAUCAGCAGUGAACAUGAACCCUGCUCCAAACCCUGCAGUCUUUAAUCCUGAAGCUGUCAACGAACCCAAGAAGAAGAAAUACGCAAAAGAGGCUUGGCCGGGCAAAAAGCCCACACCUUCUUUACUUAUUUGAUAUUUUUGUUCAUGGAGAAGGGUGGGGUUGGGUGGGAAUGGGGUGGAUGGGUGGUGGGGGAGCUAAUGAACUAGGGAGGAAAACUUUCCAUGUGGGCAGUAAGUAUUGUCUUUCAGAAUGUCUCCUGGGAGUCCUAACCAUGUAAUAUUAAAGCGGGGGCUAGGGUUGAAAUAUCCCAUGAAGACCUGUCUUCAGAACACUUUCACUGUAGAGGAAUGUUUUGUAUAUCCUUUUAAAUAGACUGCCCUAGCUCUUUCUCAGGCUUUCCAUUAUCUUCUUUUCUAUCUUUCCUUUUCUUCUUUCUCAAAUCAUUUUAAUUUAAAGUCACUUAACUCUGAAAGAGACUCCAGGCUUUCAAGUUGAAGUCAGAGCUAUGAAGAUGAUAGUAGCUUCACCUGCCUUGUGGAUCCAGCAACCUGUUUUCUGUCUCCACAAGUUCCAAGUAGGAAAAGAAACUCCAGGUUUAUCAAACAGAGGGCUUAGUGUUCUUCAGUUGAGCUAACGUUUAAAGUAAAAAUGAAAAUAAAAUAAACAAGUUUUCUGGAUCAGUGGUUUUGAGGUCCAAUAGUUAGGCUUUUCUCUUUUGUCCUUUCUAUUGGAGUAUGAGAAUAUUUUGAUUUUCCUGUAUUAGUGGUCAGUGCCGUAGACACAGGUUGAUAGUUUUAAACUUAAGUAUUGUUUGAACUUUGACUUUUUCUUGUAAAAUCUAAGCACUCUUAUUUCUGAAGUUUCUCAUUUGACUCCAGAGUACCGUCCUCUAUUCUAAGACAUUUCAAGUGUGCUGUGAAGCCUUUUUCUUCUUCUUUUUUUUUUUUUAUGAUCAGUUAGAGCAGUUCCAAUUAAAAAGGAAAAAGAUUUUACUUUGCAGGUGACUGAUGUCAUUAAGAGGACAUGUUUAAGUAUUGGAUUGGUGGUUCUUUCCCCCUUGACCAAGCUCUUGUUAUACAGAGCUCCAGGACAAGACCUGACUAACAAACACAGGAGACCAAGGUAGGAAACAUGAAUAUGAGAUUGUACAGAAAUUUGUACAUUUGUGUAAUAGACCUUUUCAAGCUUUAUGUGUAGCUUUUUACCUGUAACCUUUAUUACAUUGUAAAUUAAACGUACCUUUUGUCA